AUGAAGCGCCCCAAGAAGCAACCGUCAGUUGUAGACUUCAUCAAACAAAACAAAGUGGAUGUCAUCGGCCUCCUUGAAACAAAGAUGGAUGCCGACAGUAUGAAGACCUUCAUGGGAAAGUAUUUUCGUUCAUGGCAGUUUACACACAACCUUUCACAGCUCACAUGUGGAAGGAUGCUUCUCAUCUGGAACCCUCAAACGGCAAAGGUUGACAUUGUGAAAAAAAAACAGGCUAUUCACACAAGAAUUAGGUGCACUCGUACUUUGAAUGAGUUCAACUAUUCUAUUGUUUAUGGCCUCUACACUGACAAGGAACGACACCUUAUUUGGAGCUCGGUUAUUGAUUUUUGUGGACAGGUGGAUCCCUUCCUCAUCAGUGGGGACUUCAACUCGUCUCCGGAGGAAAGAACCAGGGGAACAAGACGCACACCGAACAAAGAAUCCAAAGAGUUGAUUGCUACAUGUGCGUUGCUUGGACUGCAGGAUGUUACAGCCAUAGGCUGUGAGUUCACUUGGACGAAUGGUCGGGUUUUUAGCAAGAUUGAUAGAAUCAUGGUGAACGAGGGAUGGCACAACGCAGGCUACCUCAGCUCAGCUCGCUUUCCUCCACCAGGUGCUAGAACAGACCACUCGCCGGCCAUCGCUACCCUCUUUGGAGAAUUGAGGUCAUUUCCUAAACCCUUCAAAAUUUUCAAUUUUUGGCUAACACAUGCUGGUUUCGAGCCACUUUUGAGAGAUCACUGGAGGACUCCUAUCCAAGGAUGCAAGCAAUUCGUUCUUAUGGAAAGGGGAAAGGAAUUUAAGAAGAUUCUCAAGUCUUUCAAUUUCAAGGAGUUCAGCAAUCUUUCGCAGAGAGUCAAGGACUACACUAAGGAAAUGGAAGACCUUAAGUUGGAAGCAGGCAGAGAUACUGGGAAUGCAGAGAUUCAGGACCGUAUCAGGGAUAUCAGAUCGAAAGUUCUCUUCUACAGCACGUCAGAGAAGGCUUUCUAUGGACAGAAAUCACGCCUAAAGCACCUUUGCAGAGCGACAGGAAUACAGCUUUUUCCAUUCUCUUGUCAAGAGGAACAACUCGAGGAACAUGAUCACCCUCUUCAGCAGAGAAGAUGGUUCAGUCUUCUGAAAAGCCUCAAUACGACAGCCAUUUCUCUUAUCCCGAAGACUUCCACGAACUCCAAAGUCAGUGACUUUAGACCGAUUGCCUAUUGCAAUGUGGUCUACAAGGUGAUCACAAAAAUCUUUUCGAAGCGGCUUGAGAUGCUCCUCCCUAAGAUUGUUAGCCCAGCUCAGUCGGCUUUCAUCACGGGGCGGAGCAUCAUGGACAAUAUCUACCUUGCGGAGGAGAUCAUGAGAGGUUACACAGUCAAGAGAGGGCCACCGAGAUGCACUGUCAAGAUUGAUCUCCGGAAAGCAUACGACACAGUUGACUGGAGUUUCUUGUGGGGCGUGCUUCAAGGCCUCAACUUCCACCCUUUCUUUAUCCACUUGAUCAUGGAGUGCGUUAUUUCACCUUCGUACACGAUCACGGUGAACGGUAGCCACCACGGCUACUUCAGAGGUAAAAGGGGUCUUAGACAGGGAGACCACAUGUCCCCUCCUCUGUUUAUUUUAUGCAUGGAAUAUCUGUCGCGUUUACUCCUUACCCGCACUACUAGGGAAUUUUCUUUCCAUAAAAGAUGCGGGCAAACGGGCAUUACUCACCUUGCUUUUGCAGACGAUCUCCUUCUGUUCGGCAGGGGAGACUUGAUUUCUAUGCAGAUUUUAGCAGACACGAUGGAGGAAUUCUACGCAUGCUCAGGACUAGGGAUCAAUCGGGGAAAGUCUAACAUGUUCAUUGCAGGCACCAACAAAGUUCCCAAGGAGACUUUGCUGCAAGUGUUUGGCUUCCCAGAAGGCUCCCUUCCAAUCAAGUAUUUGGGCAUUCCACUCGCUUCGAAGAGACUUGUUUCUUCAGACUAUGGCCAACUGAUCGACAAGCUUUCAGACAAAAUCAAAAAAUGGCCAAGUAAGACUCUUUCUUUUGUUGGGCGCUUGGAACUGAUUACAUCUGUCGUGAAGGGAGUGGAAGCAUACUGGCUCCAAGCCUUUCCGAUACCUUGGACAAUCAUUGAGAAGCUUAUUGGGAUUGCCCGUACUUUCCUUUGGGGGAAGAAGUAUGGUCAAGUUGCUUGGGAUGAUGUUUGCAAGCCGAAGAAGGUAGGGGGUUUGGGAGUCAGAAACCUCAAGGCUUGGAAUUCGGCACUUCAUGCCAAGACCCUCUGGAGCAUUCACUCGAAGAAGGACUCCCUCUGGAUUCGAUGGAUUCAUGCAGAAUACAUCAGGAAUAAUUCUAUCUGGGAUUGGACGGUGCACAAGAAGAACGACUCCAUGCUCAUAAAGAAGCUCUUGUCCAUCCGGGAUGAGAUGUUGGACAGAUGCACCCGAGACGAGAUCACAGCACUCUGGAGUACUUGGUUCGCGGGAAAAGGGGUUCACGAGGCAUAUGAGUGGUUUAGGCCGAGAGGACGCCUUUACACACGGAAUCACCUCCACUUCUUGGAGAACUUGGACCCUACUUGUCAGCUUUGUCGUUGGGAGGAGGAACCAGCAGACCAUCUCUUCUUCAAAUGCCCGAAGACUUGGGCUGUUUGGGGAAAGAUCAUGCCGUGGCUUGGCAUCGCGAGGAGAUUGACGACGAUCAGGAGUGUCAUCAAAUGGGCACGACGGCAGAUCAGAGGUUCACAGAUUGUUCAAAUGGCGAUUAGGAUUGCACUCAUGGCUUCAGUGGCGAUCAUUUGGAGAACGUGGAACAAGGUUAUCUUCGAUGGGAAGGCAUGA